UAAGCUUUGGGAGCCUUGACAGGAGGGGCCUCAAGAAGGUAGGGUUCCUCCUUUUCUCCACUGUGUCUCGAUCGUGUCGAGCCCCAAAAGGCUGUUGCUUGACGACCCUUUAGAGAAUAACCCAGCCUGAGUUCGCCUCAUGUUCUUGAUGUGUUGGAGUGAAUUGGGUUGUGGGUGCUUGUUGCAGUGAUGCAAUUCGUGAGAAUGAUGGCAGAUUAUGGGUUGUUGUGGCUCUGUUAGAGGAGAUGAAAUCAAUUUCUGAAAGUUCUGUGAUGCUCUUGCUUUUCAGGGUAUUCUUGUCCCACUGGUAUUGUAACCAGAGGGCUUGUGAUUGAUCUACCAAGAGUUGUGAUCAGAGUCGGAAGGGCACUUUUCCCUCUUCUUUUAGUUUAAUCUUCAAUGAUGGGAGAGAAUGAUGAAGAAGUGGAUGCAACCGUUCUAGUUUCGAGUAAGCACAGGGAAUUGAUUGGCUCUCAAGUUUUAAGCUGCAAACAACUGUGCGAUCUACCUGAUGAGAUUCUCCUAAGGGUCCUAGAUUGUCUCUCAACGAGAGCUGCGGUGAGAACAAGUGUGUUGUCCAAAAGGUGGAGGCACUUGUCGAAGUCGAUUCCUAGUCUUGACUUCGAUGAUGAAAAUUUCUUUGAGAAGUCACAGUUCUUAAACUUUGUGGAAGGAGCAUUGUCGUUUCGUGAUCUGUCUCCUUUGAAAGUUUUUUCUCUUUCAUGUUAUGUGGCUGAAGGCGAAUCUCGCGUGAAUACUUGGAUCGAUGCUGCAGUAAGACGCAAAGUUCAGGAGCUUUGCUUGUGCCUUGUUGUAGAAAUAGAUCGUCCUGUUGAGUAUACAUUGCCUUAUGGUGUAUUCAGGUGUGAAACACUGGUAAAGUUCCAUCUUGAGAUGUUUUAUAAUUUCAGAGUUCCUUCUGAAGUUUGUCUUCCAAAUCUGAAGGUCUUAACUCUAGAUUUUGUUGGAUUUGUGAAUGAUAUUUCAUUCGAAAAGCUGCUUUCAUGCCCUUCUCUUGAGGAGUUGUCUCUUAAAAGUUGCAGAUGCGGGCAGAUCGAGGUUUUGAACAUUGGUGCUCCCAAUCUUUUGAAAUUGUCAAUAUUUGAACCUGAAUUUUUUGCGGGUUUAAAUAGACACUGCCAAUUACGGAUUCAUGGAGUUAGAAUCAAAUCCUUACGGUAUCAUGGUCAAUAUGGUGGUGGUGACCAUACCAUCUCAUGUCCAUCGUCACUAGUUGAAGCUGUCAUUGUAGCGUUUUAUCCAGCGGAGGAAAAUCCUGAUCGGUGUGCUGAUCGUGUAUUUAAGCUCUUAAAGGGUUUUUCUAAUGUGGAACGUCUUACUCUAUUUUACGAAGGGCUUUGGGAUAUGAAUGAGAGAGAAGAUCUCCUUGACUCUUUUCCAGUCUUCCGUAGCCUUACCCGGUUGAAGUUUGACAUCAGUCCGGUGUACUUAGAUUGUAGGGCACUUCAGGUCAUGCUCAGCCAAAGUCCUUGUCUGAGGAGUCUUGUGUUUGCCAGGGGUUUGAUCGAGGACUCUGAAAUGGAUGGCUGGACGCUGGACCCAGUGCCUGAGUGUUUUUUGUCAUCGCUUAAAGAGGUCAGGAUUUGUAACUUCAAAGCAGAGGACUUCGAACUUUCAGCCGUGAGAGUUUUACUUGGGACUGCUGAAGUUUUGGAGAAAUUUUUUAUACAUUGUUCCCGGCAUUAUAGGGAGAACUUUCAAGGGAGCUUGAUGAAACAUGUGAUGAAGCUUCCUCGGGCUUCAGAUCGAUGUGCGAUUUCACUAGAGUUUGGGGAGAAAUGCAGUGGAUGCUCUAGGAAAAUUUGAUUUGUUUGGAAAUCCAUAUCGUUAGCUGUCAUUAGAACAUCUUCCUGAAGUAGGACAUCCAUCAUGUGGCUACAUGCUCUCAUCACGGGUUCUUCAAGUUCGCCUUUUUGGAGGUCACCUACACUGCUGCUGUCGAGGGUGUCACUAUAAUGGAUCAUUGGGGUCAAGUAUCAUGGCGACGUUGUGGCGAUCGUGAUAUUAUUAUCUACUGCUUUGAUCGGAACCUCUGGCCGGUGAGUCGGGCACUGCAAAUAAGGGAGUAACGUAGGUGAGCAUAUGGAGUUUGUGCAUAUUGUGGACGAGUUUGUUUAGUUAAUGAUGAAGUAAGCUGUUUACGUGCUGCACUUCAGCGAAGGUGAUGCUAUGAUUU